CUGCCGCUCCCGCUGCCGCUCCCGCUGCCGCUCCCGCUGCCGCUCCCGCUGCCGCUCCCGCUGCCGCUCCCGCUGCCGCUCCCGCUGCCGCUCCCGCUGCCGCUCCCGCUGCCGCUCCCGCUGCCGCUCCCGCUGCCGCUCCCGCUGCCGCUCCCGCUGCCGCUCCCGCUGCCGCUCCCGCUGCCGCUCCCGCUGCCGCUCCCGCUGCCGCUCCCGCUGCCGCUCCCGCUGCCGCUCCCGCUGCCGCUCCCGCUGCCGCUCCCGCUGCCGCUCCCGCUGCCGCUACCGCUGCCGCUCCCGCUGCCGCUACCGCUGCCGCUCCCGCUGCCGCUCCCGCUGCCGCUACCGCUGCCGCUCCCGCUGCCGCUCCCCGCUGCCGCUCCCGCUGCCGCUCCCGCUGCCGCUCCCGCUGCCGCUCCCGCUGCCGCUCCCGCUGCCGCUCCCGCUGCCGCUCCCGCUGCCGCUCCCGCUGCCGCUCCCGCUGCCGCUCCCGCUGCCGCUCCCGCUGCCGCUCCCGCUGCCGCUCCCGCUGCCGCUCCCGCUGCCGCUCCCGCUGCCGCUCCCGCUUCCGCUCCCGCUGCCGCCCCCGCUGCCGCCCCCGCUGCCGCUCCCGCUGCCGAUCCCGAUGCCGCCCCCGCAGCCGCUCCCGCUGCCGCUCCCGCUUCCGUUCCCGCUGCCGCUCCCGCUGCCGCUCCCGCUGCCGCUCCCGCUGCCGCUCCCGCUGCCGCUCCCGCUGCCGCUCCCGCUGCCGCACCGCUGCCCGCAAAAUUUGAGGCCUUAGGCCUCGGCCUCGAAUUUUGCGGGCAGCGGAGCGGCAGCAGCGGCGGCACGAAAACACAUACAUUUCUCCAAAAUAGCGGGCAGCGGGCACCGCUGUAUUCGAGGGUCGGUCCAUUUAAUUAUAUGCGUAAGAUCCUGCCGCUCCCGCUCCCGCUCCGCUGCCCGCAAAAUUCGAGGCCGAGGCCUAAUUAA